AAAAUUUGUUCAUUCAUUCAAUACCCCGUACGUCCGCCGAUGAAGGGCGGCGCAGCCUCUACCAUCGCACGCCGCAUUGCGUCCUCGUUCAUUGUAUUCUCCUGCAGCUUGGCUGCCGCACACUUUACGACUCUGCAUGCCCAUUUCUUUCCUAAUAUUAGCACCUCCCCGCCCAGCACCGCCGGCUGGGAUGUUUUCAAUACGUACCUCGGCUGCCAUGCCGGGGAACACGUCCCCGGCUUAGCCAGCCUCAAGAAGUACUUCCAUUACUUUGGCUACAUCCCCGCCGCCUCCAACUUCACCGACGACUUCGACGCCGUGCUCCAGUCGGCUGUCAAGACCUACCAGCUCAACUUCAAUCUCAACGCCACCGGUGACCUCGACGCGCCCACUAUCCAGCACAUGAUGCGCCCCAGAUGUGGGAACCCCGACAUCAUCAACGCCACCUCUACCAUGGCUUCCGGCCGCAAGCCUCCUCCCGGAUCUGCCAUACACGUGGUGGGCCAUUACUCCUUCUUUCAGGGCCGCCCGCGGUGGCCCCAGGCCAGCACUCAGUUAACUUACGCGUUCUUCCCAGAGAAUCAGUUGACCGACGCCGUCAAGAGCGUGUUCGCGCGUGCCUUCGCCAGGUGGUCAGCGGUGAUCCCCUUGAACUUCACGCACACCCCCACGUACACAUCGGCGGACAUCCGGAUCGGUUUCUACGUCGGGGACCACGGAGACGGCGAAGCAUUCGACGGGUCGAUGGGGACGCUGGCGCACGCGUUCUCUCCACCGUCCGGCCACCUCCACAUGGACGGCGACGAAAACUGGGUACUCGACGGCGACUCCCUCAACGUGCCGGCGUCGGUUGAUCUGGAGUCAGUCGCGGUUCACGAAAUCGGGCAUAUGUUGGGAUUGGGUCACUCGUCGGUGGAGGAUGCAAUCAUGUAUCCAACUCUCGCGACGGGAACCCGGAGAGUGGAGCUUGCCGGAGAUGAUAUCCAGGGGAUUCAGGAACUCUACGGGUCAAACCCCACUUUUCAAGCUCCGGCCAACGCGUUCCGGCGUGGAGACGAUUCAAGUGGGGCCCACACACUCUAUUUACUUUCCACCCUUUGGUUGCUGGUUGUUGCUCUUGUAUGUUUAUUUAUUCUUUAUUACUAGUAUUAUUAAGAGGAAAUUCGGCAAAUAGGACUAAAUAAGAAUGAAAUUGCAAAAAUAGGAGUCCAAAAUAACUACAGAUUUCGUGGGACUAAAAAUCAUGCGAAUUUCCAAAUUUGACCUUCAUGUCCAC